AUGAGUCUAAUAUUUCGACUAGAUUCUCAGCUAAGUCGCUGUCCAAAACAUCGAUUUGUGGCUCACGUUCAGUUGUUUUUGGUGACCGCGAGUGUUGACCAGACAACGAGAAUCCAUGCGCCCUGGUCUGAUGAAUCUGACGUAUGGCACGAAAUUGCUCGGCCCCAAAUUCACGGUUACGACAUAUCUUGUUUAACAAUGUUAUCAUCCUACAAAUUCGCCUCUGGGGCAGAAGAGAAAGUGGUUCGCAUUUUUAAAUCUACUUUAACUUUUAAAACCUGCUUGGAUAAAAUAUCAUAUGCGGACGAUUUCGGAGAAGAAUUAGUAGAAGGAGCAUCACUACCUGCUUUGGGCCUAAUGAAUAAAGCCAUAUUUGGGCAAGACCUCAAGGGAAAUAAGCCGCAUAUCGGCAGUUUGAAUGACCUAACCUACGAUCGCCCUCCAGUUGAAGAGGAACUUAUUCAACACACGCUUUGGUCGGAAGAACAGAAACUUUACGGUCAUGGCUACGAAAUAUUCACCAUGGCUGCUAAGCAUGACGGAACAUUAUUGGCUACUGUUUGCAAAUCAACUAAUUCCAAGUACGCAGCAAUUUUAAUUUGGGAUACGAAAACCUGGAUGCAAGUGCAACAAUUAAUCUCCCAUCAACUGACCGUCACGCAGCUCGCAUUUUCUCCCGAUGAUAAGUACUUGGUAUCAGUUUCACGAGAUAGACAAUGGUCUUUAUUUGGUUUGAAUGAAAGGAGAUACAAUUUGUUAGCAACUAGUUUAAAAAAGGACAACCUUCAUAAUAGAAUAAUUUGGUGUUGUGCAUGGACACAUGAUUCAAAAUAUUUUGCAACGGGAUCCAGGGACGGCAAGAUUGGUAUCUGGAGUGAAAACGUCAGUUUAUCGCAACUGCUUCUUCCAACCGCAAUUUUGGAAAUAAAAGACAGUUCAGUUACAGCCCUCUCUUUCGCUCCAAUUAUGUUAUCUGCAAAUGCUUAUAUUCUUGCAGUAGGAUUUGACAGUGGUGAGAUUGAGAUAUUUAAUGUUGUACUUCAAAACAAUCAAGCGGUUUGGGAAUCUUUGGCGAAAUAUGAUUCAUCAUUUGCUCACCAUCUGACUGUUAAACGUCUUCAAUUUCGCCCGCAAAGUAAAAGCGAGAAAAAAAUGUUAUAUCUUGCGAGUUGCGGUUCUGACCACACAGUCAAAAUUUAUAAUAUUGAUGUUUCCUAACUAAUGAACUUCUAAUAAUUGUAUUAUAAUAUAUUAAGCAUGAUGGAUUGAAAUAAAAGUUGUUAUUUUACAGGGUAAA